CGAAUUCGGGACGAAUAUCACGGACUCAUAUACCUUAUGGAAGCCAUUGAUCUCAUACUGAAGAACAAUUCGGAGAAUUUGGCCGAAAAGGUUCCGAACAAAAACAAGCGCCGCUCGAAGGGCUCCCGAAGAGGCAAAAAGGGCGCCUCCACUGAAGCCGAGGGCGUCGACGACUGUCUCGUCGCCUAUUAUUUGGACGACUCGGAGGUCGACUUCGCGAACGAAGUGCUGAAGUCUUUGUUUAAUCUAACUAUUAAUGUGGACAGAAAUAAUUUGGAUGAGAUAGAAGAGGCACAUUUCCUACGACUGGUGUCAAUACUACACGACCUGCUCUUAUGUGACACCAAAUCCAAAGAGAAGAAGGAGGACCUGCAGAGCCAUACCGUCAAUCUGUUGACAUCGAUGCCGGCGCCCAGUUUUGAAGAGCUCCUGUCGCCGGUCACCGAAAUGGGUCGGCCCGACAAUCCCGACCACGAAUACGACGAAAUGAAUGUCGAAGUGAUUGCAGUAUUACUACAAUUCCUCUCCAAACGUCUCGAUAAUCACACGAUUCAGAAUAGUAAGGAGCGAUUGGCGCCUAUACUCACGUGUCUGAGUGAGGCCUCGCGAGCCAACGCUACGAUCCGUAAAUACCUUCGCCUAAAGAUAUUACCGCCGCUUAAAGAAGUGAAAGAGAGGCCCGAAGAGGGGACGACACUCCGGAACCGAUUGGUACGACUCAUGACUUCACCGCACACUGAAGUGAAAGAACUGGUCGCCGACUUUCUCUUCGUUUUAUGCAAAGAGAACGUCUCGCGACUCAUUAAAUACACCGGUUAUGGCAAUGCGGCCGGACUUCUGGCCAAUCGGGGACUUAUGUUGGGCGGCGCCGGCAAUACCGGCAACUAUUCCUCAGAAUCUGACGAAAGCGAUACCGAAGAGUAUUCACAAUAUAAGGAUAAAAUAAAUCCGGUGACGGGUUGUUAUGAAGAGCCAAAACCGGAUCCGAUGGCAGGCAUGACAGCCGAACAGAAGGAAUACGAAGCCAUUCGUUUGGUUGAAAUGAUCGAUAAGUUAGCGAAGACUGGAGUCGUGAAGCCAUGCCGUGUGGGAGAGGACGGAAAACCACAUCCGGUCGAACAUAUACUAGAGUUGCAGCAAAUGGUGGUUCAAAAUAAACGAAACGAUUCCGAAACCGACGAUUAGACGAAAGGAUUGGUUGUUUUGCACAAAACACUUAAUAUCAUUGAUAAUUGAUUUCAAAAUACAAAUAUAAGCUUAAGAUUUUGACUCGUUUUUUAGAUAAAAACUUAAAGAUUAUGUUCUCUUAUAAAACAAAACAACGAUUUUAUUGACUCUCUAUUCCCGUAUCUCUCGGAC